AAACUUUAAAAUGUCAGAUGACACGUGAUUACAUUCAUCUUUUAUUUACAGUCUAUUGACCUAACCUGUGACAUGUAUUGAAAAACUUUGCUCUCUCCUAUUCACUCGACCUGCUCUUUAGAGCUGUGAGUUUGUGUUCAGCAGACUGUAAGUGACUCUUUAGAGAUUGUUCACUGAAACAGAAUGAACUCGCCGGUCCACUCAGAUGAUUCAGUAAAGUCACAGGAGUGGAAAGACAAGGUUUCCCACUCACAGAGUCACUGUGGCUUUCCUCUAACAGCCUGGUCACCAGUAGAAUCAUCAUCACUGUCGGCAUUUUGAUUUUUGCACCUAACCUUUGUACUGCUCGACAUUUAUUGUUUCAAAACUGGAUUAUAGACCGUGAAGGCUGCAUUUCCAAUUAUAGUGACAAAAACCAGGAAUCUUGAAACUGGAUUUGGAAAAAACAUGGUGACUGAAAUUUGAAAGGCUACUUUUUCUUCAUUACAUCAGCAGUAAAGACCUCAUGAAGCUGGAUUUUCCUGAUCAACUGGACUGAUGUGGUAACAGUCUCCAGCCUUGUUCAAUGCUGACUCCAUCAUGCUGUACUUCCAGGUGGUGAUCCUCGCUGCUACAGUGAUGCUGGUUUACUACUGUGAGUUCACUGACACUUUCAGUCCAGCAGAGCAGGGCUUCAUUUGCAGAGAUCCCACUUUGACCAAACCUGAUCCUGGACCUGAACAGAACAGCCGCAUACCACCGAUAAUACUGUACUCUGUGGUGAGCGGACUACCUGUUGUACUGAUUUCAGGGGUGGAAGUAGUCAUCUUCCUCUUUUACUACAACUCAAACAACUUUUAUGAGCAGGAGAAGGUUGUUGUCGUGGGAGACUGCUGCUAUGUUAACCCCAUGGUGCGCAGGACCGUCCGUUUCCUUGGUGUCUUUGUCUUUGGUUUGUUUACAACAGACAUUUUUGUUAGUACUGGUCAGAUGGUCACAGGAAGUCUGGCUCCCUACUUCCUGUCUGUGUGCCAGCCCAAUUACACUGCUCUCGGCUGCCAGGAUACUGCGUUCUUUGUGAGCCAGUCAGAUGGCUGUACUGGUGACCCUGAUGACAUCAUCAGAGCCAGGAAGACAUUUCCCUGCAAAGAGGCUGCACUCAGUGUCUACUUAGCUGUUUACUUGGCAAUGUACAUCAUGUCCUGUGUUGGAUCCACAGUGGGGCGUCUGGCUGGGCCCUUUGUCAGCCUCUCAUUGGUCAGUCUGGCUUUGCUAACAGGCAUCAACAGAGUAGCUGAGUAUCGUAACCACUGGAGUGAUGUUAUAGCAGGACAAGCCACUGGUGCUGCCGUCGCUGUCUUUCUGGUUGUUUUUGUGGUUCAGUAUUUCAAAAAGAGAUCUGUGAUUCCCCAGAGUCCCUCAGACUCAGGCACGGCUAAUACUGAUGAGGUUUCCCCUGAAGUCAAUCACAAUAUGGAGACCAGUGAUAAGAGCCCAGGAUCCAUCACAGAAGUCACAUGACUAUGAUGGACCACCCCCUCACCCAACCACAUCAAGGGGGAGAUUGACGUCACCAAUUCUGUGUAGUUCAUGGACCUUUGUUUUUUACAUCAGUCUCAUUUGUUUUAAGCAACACUUUCUUUCAUUUAACAAUUAAUCUAUCAUUGCCACUUUUAUUUUGCACUGUAGUGUUGUUCUCCCAGGGUCAAAUGUGGCAGGUACAGUUAAAAAAUGUUUACUGUAAAUGUACUGUCAACUUCAGAAAUGUCACUGUGGAUAUUGUUGCAGCCAUUUUAAUUAAUAUAUGAUUUGUUUUCUAUAUGGGUAAAAGUAUUUGAUAUGUGUGUUCAAUGUAAAUUUAAUGUGAAUACAUGUAGCACAUGUUAAUGUCAAAUAUAAGUCAGUAAUAUUGCAUGAUAUCAUAGGUUAUAAGGAGGGAUAAAGGGAUAAAUAAUAACUAGUUUAAGACAGGAUCAUUGGUUGUCACCCCUAACAUGUCUGUGUUAUGUAGGAAUCUUUGGUAGUCUGAAUUCAGUUCAUUUCAGUUUUCCAUUUUAUUUAUUUCCAUUUUAUUUAUAUAGCACCAAAUCACAACAGUUGCCACAAUAAUAGAGAGAAAUCCCAACAAUCAAAUGACCGCCCUUGACCAAACACUUGGCAUCAGUGGGAAGGAAAAACUCCCUUUUAACAGGAAGAAACUUCCAGCAGAUCCAGGCUCAGGGAGGGGCGGGGCCAUCUUCUGCGACCAGUUGGCUGUGAUGGAAGGAAGACAGGAUAAAAGACACACUGUGGAAGAGAGACAGAGAUUAAUAAUAACUAAUGAUUAAAUCCAGGUUGGUGUACAAAUUCAUAGUGAGUGAAAAAGGUGAGUGAAGAAGAAAUACUUCCAGGCUCCCAGCAGCCUACACCUAUUGCAGCAUAACUAAGGGAGGAUUCAUGGUCACCUGAUCAAGCUUUAUUGAAAAGGAACGUUUGAAGCCUAAUCUUAACAGCACAGAAAGUAUCUCAAACCUAAUCUGGGAGCUGGUUCCAAAGAAGAGGGGUUGUCUGAUUAUUUAAGACCUUGUAUGUGAGGAGCAGGAUUUUGAAUUCUGGAUUUAACAGGAAGCCAAUGAAGGGAAGCCAAUACAGGAGAAAUCUGCUCUCUCUUUCUAGUCCCUGUCAGGACUCUGAACUAGUUUUACUCUGAGACAGGAUAUUUCUAAUUUUAGUAAUAUUGCAUGAAUGCAUACAAGCAGUCCUACAUAUUUGUUUAAUAUGCACACUGAAGGACAUGUCUUGGUCAAAAAUGACUCCAAGGUUCCUCACAGUGUUACUGGAGCCCAAGGUAAUGCCAUCCAGAGUAAGAAUCUGCUUAGAUACCAUGUUUAAAAGAUUUGGGGGUACAAUAGCCUUACUAGGCUUCCUAGCCUGUUUGUUUUGAAUUUAGAAGCAGGAUAUUAGAGGUCAACCAGUUCUCUAAGGCAUUUCUAAAGUUUAAUUAAUUGGUGUGUGUCAUCUGGCUUAAUUGACUUUAGAGCUGGAUAUAGCACUCUGUCACUUUUCUCACUUUGCUUUGAGUUUUGUUUUUAGCUAAAAAAACAAAAAAAACAAAACUAUAGUUUUCUUUCCACCCAUGCUCCCUGUGAAACCAGACAGAAGAAAGUAAGGCAUGUCUCAGGCAAAAUAGAUCUAUUCAAAAACAAAGAGCACGAGAACCUGAACUACACUGAACUAUGUAGAAAGUGCAACAAUCUGGUGUUGACUGUGAGAUUUCCUCAACCUUAAGUAUUAAGGCAUUACCAAGGAAGGUGAAAAAAUGUGGAAGGCCAUGCCUCUGGAACAUACAAGUUGCCAGAGACACCAACACAGAAGAAAGACGGAGAGAGCGCCAAAGGUGGAGAAACAUGGGAAAGGUAGGUCAACAGAGGAGGAUGAGGACGCUAUGACACGAUGUCACAGCUUUUGGGAAGAAGCUGUGUUUGAGCCCGUUUGUGUGUAGAUGGCUUUAACGUGUGUGGCUGAUGGAAGGAGUUUAAACAAAUGGUGUCUUGGGAGUCUUGUGGGUUUGCCUGGUACUUCUAACACACUGAGUGGUGUAGAAAUUAUCCAGAGAUGAUAGUUCUGUUGCGACAAUCAUUUGUGUGACCUGACAGUCACACAAGUUGUGUGGAUGCUCUUUGUUGUCCACCUGUAGAGGUUUUGGGGGGAUUUUUGCCUUCCUUAGCCUCCUUGUGAAGUAAGGGCACUGUUGUGCCUUCCCCACAACUGCUGAGAUGUUGUCAUCCCAGGUAACGUGCUCUGUGAUUACUCUUUCCACCAUCUAUUAAUGUGUAAUGGUGUGUGUUGUUUUCUUUGUAGUCCUACAGUCUAUAAUGAUCUGUUGGUCUUUAUGAUGUUUAAGACCAGGUUAUUAUUUGGACACCAUAAUAAUAAAUUGUGAACCUACCUACUCACAGUUUGUCACAUGUCACGUGUCGAGAAAGGUCGGAUUGAAAGAGAUUGAAGUCGUCCUGCCUUACCUGUCAUUACAUCAGGGCCAAAAUCACACCUGAGCAAUGCAUGUGACUAGUUUCUCCAUACAGGAGGCGUGAAGCUGUCAUCACCAUCAAAGGCUUCUGUACUCAUUUUUUUUUUUUUAUUAAAUUAAUUUCAGUUAGCGUGUUCAAUAUCCCCCCCGUGCCAUUUCUCAUUAUUACACGUGAUUUAUGGACGUCUAUACUUUGAUUUCUAUGCAGCCAGUUUGAUCUCACUGGAAGAAAUGCUUUGAGUUCAUUAACUAACUGUCAUGUUUGAAAGUACAAUCUCAUGAAUUACUUCAAAUUCACAGGACAGCAAAGAGAUGACUGAUUUAUGAGUCACUGUCUUUUCUCCUCUACGCUUGUCUUCUUCUGGUGGUUUUCCUGAUCAUUAAUGUAACGUUCGUCUACAUGUUGAAAGUCUUUUAGAUUUAGAAAAAACACCUCAGAUACUAAAACAAAGUAUAUAACAAAUGCAUACAUUUGAUUUAAUUAUAUAUCCAUGCUGUAAUACUGCAAAUUUAAUAUUACUUGUGAAUGUUAUUUGUAUCAAAACUAUAAUAAAAAGAAUAAAUAUGUAUGUUGCUUUCACGUUUCAGUUACCGGUGAUGUACACAGCUGUCAGUAAUCUGACUACUUUUUCUUUAUCUAAGUUUGAGCUGAUCUACUCAGUGAAACAAAGAUAACAGGCGACAGUAGAGCAGAUUUAUGUUUAUCCACCCAAUUUAUCAUCAUCAAGGUAUUCUCUGAUAUCUUAGCUUAGAUGAUAUAUGACUCCCAUCUGCUGCACACUGAAGUAACUACAGAGGACCGGUAGAGGCUUUAG